AGAUUACAUUCUCAUCGCACGUGGAUUGCACCAGUGAAUGAAAUACAAACGUCAAAAUAAGUUUGAGGUUACUCAUGUGUUGAAGUGUGUUAUUUUUAAAUAAUUAAAAUGGAUAUUGUUAAUGAGAUAUUAGAAAAAGAACAAAAGAAAUCUGAGAAGUACAAACCUAUUACUGUAGAAAAACAUUUGGAAGUAGAACUUGAUAUAGGCACUUUAUUAGCUUCGGACACAAAUGAUUUGGAUACAAAAUUAUUACAGUCAAAUAAAGAUGAUUACUUGCAAUCAUUGACGCGUGACAACACACAGUUACUACUAAACAAAAUAUGGGAACUUCCUACAGAGCGGGUGGAUGAGGCAAUAGUGGUUAAGUUGCCUGAACCUAAGACAGUGCUGCCUAGGGCUAAACCCUGUCCUAAACCGAAGCCCCUCACGAAAUGGCAAGAGUUUGCCAAGUCUAAAGGUAUCACAAAGAAGAAGAAGGAUAAACUACAAUGGGAUGAACAACUGCAGAAAUGGGUACCUUUGUAUGGUUUCAAGAAAGCUGCUGCAGAGAAGGAGAAGAAUUGGUUAAUUGAAGUGCCACAGAAUUUGGAUCCCAUGACAGACAUGUUUGAGAAGAAAGCUUCGGAGAAAUCAGAGAAAGUUGCCAAGAAUGAGUUGCAGAGGCUGAAGAACAUUGCCCGGGCUAGGAAAGUCAAGAUACCAAGAGUUGGCCUACCUGUUACUUCUGACAAAGCUUCUGCAUCACAGUUGGACACGGCAGCAACAAUAGCAAAGGCCUCCACAGCAUCACUUGGCAAGUUCCAAGACAAGUUGCCUAAAGAAAAAGAGCCUAGAGGCAAAGGUAUUCAUGAACUCAUCCCAGGCAAGGAGAGGAAACGCAAACUGCCUAUACCCACACCUGCACAAGAGAGGGAGAAUAAUUUGAAUAUGCUUGAUAACAUUCUCAAUAAGAGGCCCAAGAUUGACAUGGACAAGGCUGUAGCUAAACACAUCCAUGAUGAACAAGUGAAUCGUUCAGAGGAAAAGAAAAACACGAAACCAGCUAAAGGAAAACGAAACUUCAAAGCAAAGACCAAGGGUGGUAAUCCUACAAACUUUACAGCAAAGAAACCUAAGGCAGGUAAAGGACAGAGGAAUCCAGCUAAAAAAGCAGGAGGCCGGAAGAGAAGAUAAGUGUUCCAUGUUUAAAAACUUGUGACAGACCAUAUAGACUUUUAUUUUUAAGAGCUCAUUAAGCAUAAAGCUAUCUUGUGUUAACUGUAAAAUAAUUUCCAUAUUGUAAUUUUGUGGAAAAGCAUAUUUGUCUAUGUUUAUUAUUUCUUACUUAUUGUCCAAACAGGUUCGUUUAUAAAACACUUUGAUUAGACUAAUUUUCUAACUUAAAAUGUAUAUAGACACAAGAUACAGUGAACAUGCGUGUUCCCGCCUUUUCGUGUAAAAUUAUUUUUAUUACAAUAAUGAUGAGGUGUUGAAUUGUAUUUAAUAAAAGAGAUGCAAACUUU